CACUACGUCACUAAGAAAGAAGUUAUGACAGGUUCGGAGGUGUCAUAAAUAUUUAGUGAGGUUGUUGUACCCGAUCUUGGUAAAGAGGGCUUCGUGAAACGGUUAGCGGACAAGUAGCUCACUAUCUCCGAUUUAGUCAAGAAGUUAGACUUAUGACGGUGUUGAGAAACGGGCCCCUGCGCUCUUCUAACGCAUCUCGGAAAGUGGAUCGUGCACGAGUUGUCUAACGUUAGUGAGCUAGCUGAAGAUAGCAACCUAUAUUGAGGGAAUAGUGAACAUUUAAAGAGAUGGAGAAUAUCAAUGCUACGCAACAGAUGUUUGGGGCCAGCAGUUCUUCAGAGAAAAGCAUUCCAGUGGAACUGUUGGAAUAUGACUACAUUGCAAAGUGUACUGAUGGAAAGGAAUUGGAGAAGAUCUACAAAAUAUUGAGGGCUGGUACAGAGGGUUACUACCCUGAUCUUGUACAGUUCUGUGAGAGAAGACUAGCAGACAUUGCUCCAAAUAGCAAGUUACUAAGGAAGGAGGUGAGACCGGCUACAGAGUAUGACCUAGGCAAAGAGGAGUGGACAAAGGUCAACAAUGAUGUCAAGGACUGGGUCAAUGAUAUUUCUGAGGAUGGAAGCAAAGAUGGGGAUGUUGCCACAGAAGAAAAGCUACCUCCUGUUCGCAAUAGAGGUGUGAUAAAUACAGAUGGCAAGAAGGUAUACGUCUUCGAGUUGCAAAUAUAUAGCUUCGUAUAUUGUGAAUUGCUAGUGGCACAAUUAUUUCAUCCAUGCUCCUAUGACACAAAUAUUGCUGAAAUACCCAAGCAAAAUCAUUUAUAUUCAUAAUUACAUUAAAGGUAUAGUGUAUGAUUGGUUGAUCUCAGACAAGGGCAAUGAAUCAAUUUUGAAAUUAUUACAUUCAUUAAAUACCUAUAUUAUUGCUCUAUUUUAUCACGGAAAAGAAACUUGCAUAACUUUUAUAUUUUCAUGAUAUUGAGGGGUGAAACAUAUAUUAUAACAAAUAUCGGUUAAUCGAUAUAAGUUUGAACUUUCUUAUUGACGCCCUCUCGGGUUAAAAAAUAAAUUGAUAUUAGAACACCGUUCGAAUCAUGCAUAUUCAUUACGACUCAUGCAUAUUGAUGAAAUACGUCAUGGCGCAUGCGCAGUAUCAAGAAAUCCCCGUAUCAACAAAGUGCAGUACUCUGUGUGUGUAGCUGAGUAGAAAGCAAACAUCGAACGGUGCGUGCAAGCUCAAUGAGCCGAUGCUAGGCGGCUAGCGACAUGCUUGCGCUCUGCAUUAGUUUCAGAUAUAAUCCACUAUUUGCGAUAGCACACACAGGAUAAGAAUACUAUAUUGAGCUAUAUCCAUAAAUGUAUCGUACGCGUGAAAAAGGAUUCAGACACGUUGAUUAUCUGACGUGAAUGACGAAGCAAAGGAUUGCCCAAUACGGCUUACUUUCGGACUCUUAUGUCAUGAAUCUGAAAGUACUCCAAGACUAAAAGAGAUACGAGAAUCCCAGAGAUGGGCAAGGGCCGAGUUCCGAGUUUGAUCUUUAUUCAUGUGGAUUGUAGCUCUUUUAUGCACCUUUCCCUUCAUGUAUAGCUUGGCGUGAUACAUAUACGGGAACUACAGCGAGGCGCUAUAGCGCAGCUCACUGUAUGUAUACUCUAUACUCUGUAUACUGACUCCCUGGCCCUCCCCAAAGGAAAGGGGGAGGGAGGAGAGAGAAGAAAGAAAGAAGUGGAUUGGUGAAAGAGAAUCAGGAGAGCCAUCAUAAAGGGAUAUGGAUACAACAUACCCUAAUUUGAUAUUUUGGUGUUUUUUUAUCUUUCCUGAAUGUUUCAGUCAGUUUCAGAUUAUUUAGAUCCACUCGCAAAGUACAGAGGAGAAAUUGGAAAAAAAAGUUAGACCAAAAAUAUUUAAAACUCUAAACAGACGGCCACCACCAUUCUGUCUACAGCCAAGCAUGAAGGGAAAGGGCGAAGAGAAAAACGAUUACUUUCAGAGCAGGUUCUACGAUAUAAAACAGGGUUUGUUUAAUACGGGGUUAAAUAUAGGCCUAUAGUAAAACAUAACGAAGAUGCAAUCAUAUAGGCCUAUAGUAAAACAUAACGAAUAUGCAACCCCAAUGCGGGGUUAAAUAUAGGCCUAUAGUAAAACAUAACGAAGAUACAAUCCCAAUGCAACACUUGAUUACUCUUCGUUUGUUUAGAUUGAACUCGCGAGGUCAAAAGGUGAGCUGAGAAACCUGUUGAUGCGAAGUACGUACGUGUAGUCUACAUUGUGUAGACCGUGAUAGCAUGAAUGUGACAAACGUACGCAUCAAGUUGCUAAUUUCUGUUAUUUCUGUUGCCGAGGUUUUUACCUGACUGCUAAGAAAGCACGAAUGCCUGUGAGCAAGCAACCAGGGGACCAACGGCUCAAGGUCGAACAAGCAGAGUAAAGGCGUCAUGAGUCAAAAAAUGAGGGGGGGCAGACAUGACGUCAGGGACAAGAUUUCUGGGAAAACUCUUAUUUUUGCAUCCACACAAGAAAGCUUGCAUCGAGAUAUGGAAAAAUGAGAAGUUGAGUAUUGCGCGGUGCACGUGCUUCAGAGUUGUGAUUUCCAGGGCCGACCAGCAUGUAGAGUCUUACAACAGAACUUUACAAGGCACGCCGUGGGGCAAAGUGCAACAACGUAUGUGAAAGAAGACUAAGCAAACCUGGAGAAGCAGCAAGGUGCAACACGUACAAGGGAAUUGUGCAUGUACAUUACGUCUGCUUUGAAAUGUGUACAUGGGUCGCCGAGUUUUUAUGUAGUAUGGGGAGGGGGUGGGGGUAGCCUAUAAUGAUAUAGUAGGGCGCUUUAUACUUUAUACAAUCAUGGACCUAUUACGUCCAUGCUAUAAUCAAACCAUCAGCACGACCGGUGGAUGGAUGACUGAAAGAAUGGAUGGAUAGGCAUAUAUAAAUGGAUCAUCCAAUUGAUGUAUUUUCCCAAGAAAUGGAUGGUCAAAGAGAAAUGGAUACAAAUGAUGCAGCAAUAGAUAGGGGCACCCCAUGGGAGAUCAACUUGCUACCCCUUCAUAGACAGUAAACAAGUAGAAAGAAUUGAUAAAAAGAUGAAAUUUUAUAGCAACAAAUGAGAGGAAGAAAGGCCUCCGGGAAAGGCCUAUACGCAUACAGAGUGUGCACGAGCAGUUCAACCGUUGAAAAAAUGUGAAUGACUGCGACAUGAGCAGGACAAAGACAUUACUUGCAUCCGGGACUUGCAUCUUGAUUGGCAUAACAUUUUAGACUUAUUUAUCAAUGGAAUUGUAACUCCCAUUUCCCUGCUAUAACUAUAGGAAAAACGAAUGAUAACUGUUGUUUUAUAGACGUGGAAAUUUAUGCUUCAUAUUAGGACCAAAGAGAUUCUGGCGUACGUGUCAAUAUUUCAAAACUCAUGCGGGAAAAUAAUAUAAUCAUUUUUUAUGAUUGAAAAAAAAGUGCCAAGUUCACACUGUCACGAUUUUUUUUUUGGUGGCGGUGCUGAGGAAAAUUUGACAAAGCAAAAGAAAAACAUUAAAAAAGGUUCCAAUACAAAAUGUUGGUAAUUUUCCUACAUUUAUCCAAUUCGACACCUAUACCAGAAUUCCAGGGGGAGCUGCCUACAUGGAAAAUAAUGCACGCCGCACCCCAUUGUAAAAUCUUGGGGGUGCUUUGCACCCCCGGUUCCAAGGGCCUUAAUUAUAAUCGCGGAAUAAUUAAUCGUAUCAGAUCAGUCGAGGCGAUCGUAUUGAUCGUAUAAAUAGUUGGAAUGGUUCAACUAUGUGGUGAUGUGGCUUUUUUUGCAGGAUUUUUUUGCAUUUAUUGGAAUAAUAUACAAAACAAAUUUACAAUGCUUGAGACAUGAUCAUAAUACAAGUGACAAUCGUAUAUGUAGUGACUGGAGAAAUACAAUAUAUAAAAAAAUAUAUAUAUAAUGAGUAAAAUGCAUAGGCAAACUAUAUACAGUAAGCAAAUAUGUGCUUGAAGCAUAUAGCAGCCAAAAUAAAAAUGAAA